AUGCCUAGCAAGACGCCUUCCGGCAACGGCAAGAAGCCUGUCCAAAACGGCAUUCGCAAAGAUACCGAGAUAAAGGACGCCAGCAAAUCCAAAGGCAAAAAGUCCCCAAAGGACGCCGAUGACGAAAUGACCGUUGUCGUCCCCCCACCCAAGGCCAAGAAGGGCACUGCUAAUCGCGCUGCCGACGCUGAUGGUGACGUGACAAUGGGUGAUGAGGAGGCCGUUGAGCAGGUCGACCCUACUCAGCAGACUGUCACAGACAUCAAGAGCAAUUUUGCCCUGCUAGACCGCGCCGUCGCCCUCUUCGAUGCCAGAUUCUCUCUCCGAGCUCUUCGAUCCAUUUCCCUGCUCCGAAAGCGCCUGAACCCCGACGUUAUCUCUCAGGCCAUUGUCGAUACCUUCCCGGCCACCGUCGCCUCCGGAAAUGUUGCCAAGUCUCUCCUUGUUGCUGUCGGCCGCGAGAGCAUUCCCCUCAAGGCCCUCAGCGAGAUGGAUAUUGACUCGGACUCCAAGCCUGCCAAGAAUGGGGCCAAGAAGGAGACAAAGGAAAUCAUUCCCGAAAUUGACAUCUUCCUCGGUAUCCUUGUCCAGGUCUACCUCUUUGAUGCCAAGCAGUAUCAGAAGGGCGCUGCGUUUUCCGAGCAGCUUGUUGAGCGCGUCCAGUCCUUGAACCGUCGCACGUUAGACUCGCUUUCCUCCAAGGUCUACUUUUAUUAUUCUAUCUUCUGCGAGCACAUUGGGCCCCUGCCACCUUCGCCAGAGUCCCCCAUUGUUGCCAUCCGCCCGACUCUGCUCUCGGCUCUCCGCACAGCUGUCCUACGCAAGGAUAUCGACACUCAAGCCUCUGUCAUUGUGCUGCUGCUGAGAAACUACCUCCUCACUUCUCACAUCAACCAGGCCGAUCUCCUUGUUUCGCACACUCAGUUCCCCGAAAACGCCGUCAACAACCAGGUCGCCCGAUUCCUGUACUACCUCGGUCGCAUCCGAGCCAUCCAACUGCGAUAUACCGAAGCUCACGAGCAUCUUACCGCGGCCACUCGUAAGGCACCUUCGAGUAACUGUGCCGUUGGAUUUUCCCAGACCGCUACCAAGCUACUUAUGGUAGUUGAGCUGCUCAUGGGAGACAUUCCUGACCGCGCCACCUUCCGCCAACCUGCCCUUGAGGAUGCCCUGCACCCGUACUUCCUCCUGGUCCAGGCCGUCCGCGUCGGUAAUUUGGAGGAGUUCGAGAUUGCUAUUGCCGAUCACGCUGAUACCUUCCGCCGCGACGGCACAUAUUCUCUCAUCCUGCGCUUGAGACAAAACGUCAUAAAGACUGGUAUCCGCAUGAUGUCGCUGUCAUACUCGCGCAUCUCUCUGCGCGACAUUUGCAUUCGUCUGCAUCUUGGAAGUGAGGAGAGUGCUGAAUAUAUCGUCGCCAAGGCCAUUCGCGACGGCGUUAUUGAGGCCACUUUGGAUCGCGAACACGGUUACAUGAAGAGCAAGGAGGUUGGUGAUGUGUAUGCUACGAGAGAACCCGGUGAGGCAUUCCAUGAUCGCAUUCGGGCGUGCCUCGCUCUCCAUGACGAGAGUGUCAAGGCUAUGCAGUUCCCCAUGAACCAGCACCGUUUGGAGCUCAAGAAUGCGCAAGAAGCUCGAGAGCGCGAGCGCGAGAUGGCCAAGGAGAUACAAGAGGGGGACCUCGAUGACGAGGACCUAGGCGGUGAUUUUGAGGGGAUGUAG